GGCGAGACACACAAAUUUCCAAGGAGGAAAAUCUUUUCGCGCGAAACUUUUCAUUCAGGUGUUUUUGUGUUGUAUUUUGUGAUUAUAUAAAAUGUAUUGUUUUACCACCAGACAAACUCUGAUCUUCGCCCUCUUAUUCUGCCUGUGGCUCCAAUCGGAAUCCAGACCCCAAUCGAAAAACCACAACAUGCUGACCAAAUUGGGCCUGCAAAAAAUCCGAAGCCCCAACACCCACCACAGAAAACGUCUAGCAGUCGAAUCCAGACAACACAGCCGCUCAGAUGAUUCCCACAUGUUUAUAAUCAAACUACCACCGAAUCCUCACUAUUAUGUCCUAAACAAACCCAACUCAGUAAUGCCAGAAGCUCAGAAAAUUUCAGUAGGGUUUAAAAGCAAUGGUAAACCAGGCAAGAUUUACCAUUGGAAUUUGCCAGUAUUGAAAAAGGUUGUUGAAGUUAAGCAAAAAAGUCGUACGGCUGAUGUUGAUUUGGAUCUUGAUCAUCCAGAAAGCUGGAAUGAGGUUUUUGAUAAGCCUUCGAAUAAAAAGCCUUUGAAACCUUCUUACUAUGUACCGCAAAAACCUAAAAAAUCAAACUUUAUGAAGUAUUUUCCAGGAAAUGGCAAACCACAUUCGUUUUAUGUUAUAGAGAAGAAUAAAAGGGCGCACUAUCAUAGACUUUUACCUUAAAGUGUUUUAUUUAAGUAUUUGUUUUAUUUAUUGUAGCUGCAAAAGACUUUUUGUGCAAUUAAAUGUAAGUUUUGAUGACUGAAUC